AUGUUUUCGCUCCGCACCGUCCUCGGAGCGCCCAGCGCCCUCCGCCAGCUGCUCCCCUCCGUGUCUCGCCGAUCAAUUCCUGGCGCUAUGUCUCUUCGUCCUUUCUCGCAUAUGAUUCGGAACAGCUUGACGAGGCUGCGGGCUACUUCUUCAGGGACUGGUAGUGCCGUUGCUGUGGCUGUGGGUGCGACUCGGCAGAUUGAGCAGGUUCGCGGCAUGAAGACUCGCUCUUCCGUUAAGCGGCUGUGUGAUGGAUGCAAGCCUGUCCGCCGAAAGAACCGUGUGUAUAUCAUUUGCUCGAAGAACCCCAAGCACAAGCAACGACAAGGCAAAUAG